CGGGGAACGGUAGAAGCCUCAAAAUUCCCAUGCAAACCCCCUAUGCAGAUCCACCAAAUCUAGAAAUUCACUGUUUGGCUGCUAAGAAAUCUUCAUAAAAGGAUAAAAAGAAAAGAAGACAAAGUAAAGAGAAAGAAGAUUCCUUCUUUAGUUUUAAACGUGUAAUUACAACUGUCCACCUCCCGGAAAAAAAUUCCCUGCUUCUUUUUGAUUCUCUGUUUUUUUUUCCAUUCGCUCUCGGAUUGGAGAAUUUCGUUUCCCUCAUUUGUUUCUUGUCAACCAAACAGAAGAAUGAGAGUUCGACGAGCGAAAACCGGUCUGGGAAACACAAUGCAGGGAUGAUAUUUAGCAUUGGAACUCAGUUCACAAUCGGCAGAGUGGUUUCUCAAUGGGGCAUGAACUCAAAUCUUUGUUUCAAUUAGAUACCAGGAAAUUGAUAUGGCUUAUAGGAAUAACAUUUGUUGUGAUUAUAACAUUCCAGUAUCUUGAACUACCGUAUGGGAAUGUUCUGUCGACUUUAUUUCCUUCUGGUAAGGUUUCAGUUGAGGGACAAAGUAGUUUUUUAGCUAGUGGUCCAUCAUCAGCUGAGGCAGAUAUGGCACAUAAUGUGACUCAUUUGAUUGGUUUGGACAACAAUGGUACACAUGCUGCUAAUGAAAUGGUUCAUGAUAACGAAUUCUCUAAAGGAAAUGACACAGAUUUGAAUAAUGAUGUUAUAUCAGAAACAGAUGUGGGCUUGAAUAAAUCUUCUACAUUUGAUGAAGGUAGUGAAUCACAAAAGGAGACAUCAACUGGGGAGUUGGUAGAAAUAAGUAAGAAUUCAACAGUGGGCUACGCUGAAAGCUCCAAGAAUAAGACUAUAGCAGAGGAGGAUGGUGAUCUCUCAUGGCAGUCCGAGGAGGAAGGUAACUUGACAAGUUUAAAUAGUUUUAACCAAACCGGUGCUGCUAAUAAAACACCUAGUGAUUUUGGGACCCCUGAAGGAAACAAAGAUCAGAAUAAUGUUAUCAUAUCAGAAGGAGAAAUAGGCUUGAAUAGAACUUCUAUAUUAGAUGAGGAUAGCACUUCUUCUAGGGAGUCUUCAACUGAGGAAUUUGUGGACUUAAACAAAAAUUCCACCAUGGACUUUGCUGAAAGUUUCAAUAAGACUGUAGCUGAGGAGGCCAGCAAAACUGAGGAAAGCUUUUCUGUAAAGAAUGAUACCGGUGAUGUUAACACUUCAAACAACAAUAUUGGGAACGGAAAUAUUACUUUAUCAGCAGAAAGUACAGAGUCUUCAGAUUCUGGUCUUGGAUCUCCUUUGCCUGCCUUAACCCCAACAAAUUCGUCAACUAACAAGACCUUAGAAAAAGAUGUUGAGACAAAUAUCCAGAUUCCUGUUGUGUCUGUCAAUGCCAGUAUAUCUUCACUGGAGCAACAUGUGACACCAAGUUUUGACAAGAAUGAAAAGGUGGAAGAGAUUCAGAACAAUUUCACCACAUCAAGUGAUAACUCUUCUCCCACCAAUACUCCUGAGGUGGAGAAAAAGCCUGAGAUGCCACCUGCACUAACUACAAUAGCUGAUAUGAACAAUUUGUUUUAUCAGAGUCACGUUUCAUAUUAUUCAAAGACACCAAGAUGGUCUUCAGGAGCAGACCAAGUACUACUAAAUGCAAGAUCACAGAUCGAGAAUGCACCCAUCAUAAAGAAUGAUCCGCGACUUUAUGCGCCUCUUUUUCGGAAUGUUUCUAUGUUCAAAAGGAGCUAUGAGUUGAUGGAAAGCACACUCAAAGUAUACGUCUACAAGGAAGGAAAAAGGCCCAUAGUACAUACACCGGUUCUGAAGGGUAUUUAUGCCUCUGAAGGAUGGUUCAUGAAGCAGCUGGAAGCUAAUAAAAAAUUUGUUACUAACAACCCAAGAGAAGCCCACUUGUUUUACUUACCUUUUAGUUCUAGAAUGCUAGAGGAGACCUUAUAUGUGCCUAAUUCUCACAAUCAUAAAAACCUUAUAGAGUAUUUGAAGAACUAUGUGGGCAUGAUUGCAGCAAAAUAUCCUUUCUGGAACAGAACUGAAGGAGCUGAUCAUUUUCUUGUUGCUUGCCACGACUGGGCACCAUCUGAAACAAGGAAACACAUGGCCAAUUGCAUUAGAGCCCUCUGCAAUUCCGACAUUAGAGAAGGUUACAUAUUUGGCAAGGAUGUGUCUCUUCCUGAGACCUAUGUUCGGAAUCCUCAGAAACCUCUCAGAGACCUUGGAGGCAAACCUCCUUCUAAAAGAUCAAUCCUGGCUUUCUUUGCAGGAAGCAUGCAUGGUUAUUUAAGGCCAAUUCUGUUAGAACAGUGGGGAAACAAAGAUCCUGACAUGAAAAUCUUUGGUAGAAUGCCUAACGUUAAGGGGAAAAUGAACUACAUCCAGCACAUGAAGAGCAGCAAGUACUGCAUUUGUCCAAGAGGUUACGAGGUUAAUAGCCCACGAGUGGUAGAGGCCAUUUUCUAUGAAUGUGUACCAGUGAUCAUAUCUGACAAUUUUGUGCCUCCUUUUUUCGAGGUUUUGAAUUGGGAAUCCUUUGCUGUCUUUGUUCUGGAGAAGGAUAUUCCUAAUUUGAGGAAGAUCCUCCUAUCGAUCCCUGAGAAGAGGUACCGGCAGAUGCAGCUGAGGGUCAAAAAGAUACAGCAGCAUUUUCUUUGGCAUCCCAGACCUGAGAAGUAUGAUAUAUUUCAUAUGAUUCUCCACUCAGUUUGGUACAAUAGAGUUUUCCAAAUGAAACCGAGGUAAGUAAACAGAAGCUUUGGUAAAUAGAUGCUGAGAUUUUCUUCUUUCUUUUCAUUUUCAUUGAUAGAAUAGGUUGAGCUAUUUUAGUACAAAAUCUGUUUCCACAUUAUUUUUGUUGUAUACAAGAAUGAUUGAAUAAAGUUACGCUGAUGCUUUCCCCCCCGUGUGGGUUUAGCAUCCAAUACCACUCAUUUGGAAAGCUUCCUCUUCAAUGGUUUUCUUGAAAUUUGUGGUAACCUUUUCAUUUAUAA